CCGGCUCAGGACGCAUUUUCCGCAGGGCCGGCGUCCGGGAGUUCUCGGAAGUGGCUGGCUCGCGGGUUUCCGGUACGGGUCAGGAAAGAUGGCGGUGGCGACCGUGUUCCCGGCUCUAUCGCGGAUGCUUGCUCUAUCAAGGUGCCGCGUAGUAUCUCCUCUGCUCAGUACAACAUCAUUCAAACGCUUCUACAUCGGUGACAGCCCAACAGAUUCCCAAAAAGAUAUGAUUGAAAUCCCUUUGCCUCCAUGGCAGGAGCGAACUGAUGAAUCCAUAGAAACUAAAAGAGCCCGUCUGCUCUAUGAGAGCAGAAAGAGAGGAAUGCUGGAAAACUGCAUUUUGCUUAGCCUCUUUGCUAAAGAAUAUCUGCACAACAUGACAGAGAAACAGCUGAACCUCUAUGAUCGCUUGAUUAAUGAACCCAGUAACGACUGGGAUAUUUACUACUGGGCUACAGAAGCAAAACCAGCCCCAGAAAUAUUUGAAAAUGAAGUCAUGGAACUGCUGAGAGACUUUGCUAAAAACAAAAACAAAGAGCAGAGACUGCGGGCCCCAGAUCUUGAAUACCUCUUUGAAAAGCCACAGUGAGCUGUGUACCACUGCCUGUCUUGGGGGGUUCCGUCCAGGGACCCUAACUGCUUAUGACUUCCUGCUUUUCCUUAGACACUCAGCCCUCCCGGACCAUUAUGGACCCACCUCUCCUCCAGGACAUGUGGAUCAGUAUGUCUCAUGCUAACAAUUUUUUGUUCAGUUCUAGGCCUCAGAAGUGGUUUAUCAGUGUUGCCAGCGCUUGGGCCUGGCCGUUUCUCUGGCAGACAUCUGCCACAGGAGGGCACUGUAGGGAAGCGAAUGUGCUGGCUCAUGGGCUCAGCCAGAAGCUGCUCAGUGAAAAGAGGCAGCCAGCCAGGGUGUCACAUGGAAAGCUUCCCAGAGUGCCCAGGGCUUUGUUCCAGUACAGUUCCCCGCUUCUAACUCCGGACGGUUCUUCCUGCCAAGGGAGGCCGAUCCACGCCCCCUGAGUUGCAUCCUUCAAAGGCACAGCGGGCAGAACGAGGGCAGCGGGUGGGAAUGCUGCGUGCAUGCCGCCUAAGAGCCCACUUUCUCAUCAGAUUUUCUUUAAAAUGUUCACUUAAUGAACUGAACAAUAAUUGAAUAUUAAGGAAUGCUUUAAAAAGGAAAAUCACAGUUCCCCAACUUGCACACAAUUAUUUAAUUUUGUCUGUUCUUGUAUAAUCUAUAGCCAGAUAUUUAUAGAGUUUGACAAGGUCGCAAUCACAGGUUUCUCUCUCCAUACAGCACGAUAGCAAACUUUUUCCAUAUUUCUAUAGUCUCCACAAUUAUGUUGGAAUGAAUUAGCCACUAGUGUUUAGCUCUAGGGCCAGAAAACUUCCGUAUUGCUAGGGGUGGCUUUCGCCCUCGGAGCUGUGAUCCUGUCAGAACAGUCAUCACCCAGACUGGGCCAGCACUGUCUGAAGGUGUGGGCCUGAGGAAGGCAGGCCAGAGCUGCUGCCAGGUGGAUGGUGAGCGUGAGACCUGCACGCAGGGAGGGAGCACAUGUUUCUGGAGUUGUUGAGCUACGGGGUUCCCAUGGAGCUGCGUCAUGGUCCUGCCUGCUCUGCAGUGUCCCUGGCUAAGGGAAGAAGAGAAGAGAACCAGCCUAUACUUACAUGAUUACAUUAAAGCUCACAGCACUCCUACAGA